AUCACGAAUCGUGAAUCGGAAACGUAAGUUUACUGAUUCCCAUCCACCAGUCCAAACUUCCCAUUUGCGCUGUCGCUUCAACACUCGAGCUACCCAGCACGUCGCGGCGCUCCACCCUUCGCACGCCCUGGCAAUUUAUUUUUGCCCAACAUUCGGUGCCUCGUUCAACAUCUAGGACGUUUGCUUAAGCGCAAGCAAGUCCCCUCACCCUCGCCCCUGACCUCUCGCGCAAUCUCGCAAGGUUCAGCUUUCAACAUGGAGCCCUCCAUCAACGUGCUAGGACAACCCUUGCAGCCCUGCUCCACCCAACCCCUGACCGGCUUUUACAGAGACGGUUACUGCAACACCUCACCCGCCGACGCAGGUUCUCACGUCUUGGCCGCUCAAGUCACGGAUGACUUCUUGAAAUUCUCGGCUAGCAGAGGCAAUGAUCUUCGACCUAUCCUGAAGGAUGGCUGUAGGUGGUGUCUCUGUGCUAGUAGGUGGUUCGAGAGCGUCAAGGCUUUUAGGGAUGGACAAGUCGGGAGAGAAAGUGUUCCAAAGUGAGUAGCGCCCACUUGUCUGAUGCCCAAAGGGUUCUCAAAAGGGCAUACAAUCUGCCAACGCAACAAUCUCCACGCGCGCCUAAACGUUCCGCUGAAUGCCCCCAUUUCUGUGCUACUUGCAUAGAGUCAUCAUCCCAGCAACGCACCAAACAGCGCUCAAGACCGUCUCCAUCGAUGAUCUGCGCGAGUUCAGCCUGGACAAUACUUCUUCAGGUGUGACGAGGGUGAACGGAGGACAUAGCAGCGGA